AGGGGGCUAUUUUCUGUCCCUCCCCUCCUGUCAUUCAAAAACCCCUUCUUUUAUAUGAGAAAACAUAACAAACACGAAAACCUUUCAUUUAUUAAAACUACUACCAAAGAAAAUAAAUACACAUGAAAAUUACUUUUGAUAUUGUUGGGUUUUGAAGUUUCGUAAUCAUCUGUGAUAUUGCAACACUAGGGAAAAAUGUUCCACAGGUAUCCCAUAGCUCAUGGUUUCCAAGAUGGCGGCCGCUAUUGAUGGUUCUCUGCCAGUCUGUCGUCAGUCUGCAGCAUUAAUCGAUGGCGUUCACACGGAUUUCCUUGCCUCGUGGUACUCUGAUAGAAUUCUAGUACUUGUCACCCAGUUUCAAAAGUUCGGAACACUCGUCAGUGUAACUAGGGAUCAGCCCGUGGCACGACCAGAUCAAGCCCAAGGUGGCACCGACUCACAUACUUUCACCACUAAAGUCCUGAUGGGCGAUGACCUGCCCAUCUGGCAUGUUUAUGGGCAGCAGAUCUUCAAAGCCAUCAAUGGUGAAGACGGAUGUAAGCCUGUCCUUGUGGCCAUCGCACUACAGAACCACUCCCCAGAGAUACUGAAGUGCAUCCUUGGCCAGCUGGAGUCCAUUAGGCAAGUCCAGACACCAUGAUGCUUGGCAAGUCCACACACCAUGAUGCUUGGCAAGUCCACACACCAUGAUGCUUGGCAAGUCCACACACCAUGAUGCUUGGCAAGUCCAGACACCAUGAUGCUUGGCGAGGUUAGACACCAUGAUGCUUGGCAAGUCCACACACCAUGAUGCUUGACAAGUCCACACACCAUGAUGCUUGACAAGUCCAGACACCACUACACUUUAAAAGUCCACACACCAUGAUGCUUGGCAAGUCCACACACCAUGAUGCUUGACAAGUCCACACACCAGGACACUUGGCAAGUCCACACACCAUGAUGUUUGGCAAGUCCAGACACCCCAGAUGCUUGGCAAGUCAACACACCAUGACACUUGUCUAGUCAAAACACCCCAGACACACACCAUGAAACUUGGAAAGUCCACAAACCACGAGGCCUGAUGUGUUGGCAAGUUCACACAGCAUGACACUUGGCAAGUCCACACAAAAUGAGUCCUGAUGUGUUGGCUGUGUUCCACACACCAUGAGGACUGAUGUGUUGGCAAUGUGAGCAGAAAAAUGGUGUGACUCAGGGGAGAUUCAGACUGAAGACCUUUGCUCUACAUGUUGGGUAGCCUUUGGUUUGUUACUCUACCAAAAUAGGCUUGUUUUCUGUAUCAGACUGUACAAACGCUUACUAAUUUAAGAAACACUAUAAGUCAUGUAAGGAAAACUUUGCAACACAAUCAAGAGACUAUAAAAGUUUUAUGAGUAUUUAUUACUUUCUAAACUGUUUUCAAGGAAAUACAUGUUUUUAAAUAUAAAAACUGUUUUACCAAAUCAUACAAGUUGCCUUGAAAGUCAGAUCAGUGCAAUAAGAGUAAUCAUCGCCAAGCCUGUACCAAAUGAGAAUAGGAUGACAAAACCAAGAACAAGCCGAUGCUUCCGACCAUCCUGAAAAAAGCAGAAAUGUCAGCAACUGUCAGUCAAUUAUUCAUAAUUUUAAGAAUG